AAAGUAAGCACCCCACAACAAAAUGGAGAAACGAUGCGGUUGCCUGGCUUUACUCAUAGGAUGUUUUUACGUAAAUGCUGUGUUGUCACAUGAUGUAACUGUCGCCACCUGUAAUCUAUGGAACGUCAUGUUCAACUGGAGUGUCAGGAAGUACAGAAUAGCGCAAAUGAUAAAUGACGCUAAGCCAGAUGUAGUGGCUUUCCAGGAAGUAAGAUUCCAUGCAGAUAGGGGUGGAAACCAGAUAAUGGAACUCCAGGAGCUAUUGCCGGACUACAAAUGGAGACUGUUUCAGGAAGCUAACGAAGUUCACAAACCCAAGGGAGCUCACUGGCCGGGCUGGGAGAAGGAAGGAAUUGGGAUCCUGAGUCGAAGACCAAUCACAUUGUUCUCCAAGCACACAUUGCCCCCUGUACCCGGUCCAGACACCAACAGUCGAGUUCUUAUAUUAGCCAAAGUCUUCAUCACUCCACACAUUUCUGUCCAAGUCGGCGCUCUACACCUCUCAUAUGACCGCCGCCAACAGUGUGGAAAUACCAAGUCAGUCAUUGAACUGAUACGAGGUAGAGAUCAGGAAAGUUCCCCUGAACACUUACGGAGUGUUAUCCUGGGUGAUUUUAACACCUACAAUGACUUUGAUUGGCCCGUGAAACUGUUCACAUCACCAAAUCAGAAGACACUAUCUGAAUGUCACAUACAGGAUAUAAAGUUUCUGGGUGCGAAGGGAAAGGCACCUUGGAGCGACGUUUGGGAGAUGGUCGGGCAUCCUAGCAGUGGACGAACCUUUAGCAAUAUGCCGACUCCCGGAUAUGAAAGUAGACCAGACCGCAUCUUAGCGACCUCAAAUUUCAAAACUCACGGUGUUCACCUCCUUGGGAAUGGUACAUUUUACAAAACACAGUACCAUCAGAGGAUAGUGAUGUAUAGGUUCAGUACUCUUCUCCAUUCCUCCUACCUAUCAUGGUAUGGUGUAACAGGGUACCCAUGUUAUCAGGACUGUGGCCCCCGUGGGUACUGUCGCUGUGGGGUUUGUGUCAGGGGAGACAACUCUAUUGGUAAAACCUGUAAUUUACCAGAUUGUGACGAAUGCUCUAGUCGUGUGUUUAUCAACACUGUUAUAUUUGUAAUUCUAAAUAUUUUCACAGUUAUUCAUUUAUUUUAUGCAGUCAUUUGUCUGCUGAUAAGCGGAGCUGAUUUUAAAGGUGAAGCUGUUUUCGCGAUCUUAGGAUGCAACUGUUGCCUGUGUAACCCUGAUAAUUUUAAAUUUGUCAAUUUCAACAGUCGAAAAUUCCGCAUAUUCCGUGGACUGCAAAAAUGGCCACCGUUUCGACUUCCUCCGUAUAUACUGUUUUUUAUGUCGAUGAUAAGUGUCAUUUCUCUGAUAACUGUUGGAUGGUGGAACUUUGAACCGAGUCUUGAUACAAUUUAUUCUAUAAUGGAUGAGGAAUAUUUUCCCUCAGACCAUCUGAUGGUUGUUGCAAAAUUAGAAAUUACAGAAUCUACUUGAUGUGGACCACGUGUCUUUAAAACAAUUUCAUAUUUUAUCAUCAUUGCUCAAACCAAGACUUCAGUACUAAAUGUUAUGGUUCAAAUUUUUGUGGUUUUACAAAAACUUUCAUGGACAUUAUGAUAAGAGCAACAACUUAUUUUUGAUUUUGGAGAAAAUUUAUAUUUGCUGUUGUAUCAAUUUGAUUUAAAUCAUCUGUCUAUGGCUUCUACUAUGUAACACAGUAACGAUUAUUUUAAUCAGAUUGUAAUUUUAUUCUAUCCUCAGAAAUAGAGAAAAAUGUGUCCUCCAAAAAAUUUAAUUGAAAUGCUUCAUACAAUUGUACUUAUCAAAGAUCAGAUAAAAGUUCUUAAGUAAUGAAAGAUUAACAAAAUUAUGUGCACAAAGUUGAUCUAACUCAAAAUCAUUGUUGAUCUUGUCAUUUGAAAUUUCAUUCUCACAUUUUCACGUUUUCAUAUAAAUUCACUUAAGUUCUCGGAUAGCAGCAAUACACUGUAUAAAUUUUAUACAUAAUUGUUUAAUUUGUUCAUUAAAGUAGAUUUGUAAUACAAAUAAAUCUGUGAUAGCUAAUUGAGGGAGGAUUUACCUUGUAGAUUUUGUAUAUAUGUGUAUGAUAUUACUAUUUAUUCUACAUUUGAUUGAAUGUCAAAGCUCAACCUUGAUGUUGUCUAUUUGUCAUCUGAAUGUUUACUUGUAAUGUUUAUUGUAAAUAUGAUAUGAAUUUAUCUGAUAUGUGUUGAACUGCUGGUUAACAUUCCAUAAUCAAAAUUUUAUUUCAAGAUUUUUUUUUGUGUUUUUUUUUAUAUUUGUUUUUUUGUUUUUUUUCCCCCGAGGUCAUGUUGUUUGAUGCAGCAUCCCCCAUUGGUUGUCUGUUGUGUCUGUCUGUUUGUCUCCUACAUCAACAUCCUUGAAAACUAAAUAAAGUACAUGUAAUUGAAAA